GCAGCUGCCCGGUCCCCGGGGCGGUGGGUCGCGGCCGGAGCCUCCCGUGAAGGACGGCCCGAGGCCAGAGACGCCCCGAACUUGUUUCUUAUAUGUGAUGCCAUUCCAGCACUGGACUCAUGGAGGCUGAACAUUUAUGCAGGAGUCCAUAGAGGCUACUGUAGUCUAUUGAAGAAGAUGUCUAACAGUAACACUACUCAAGAGACCCUGGAAAUAAUGAAAGAAUCAGAAAAAAAACUGGUGGAAGAAUCUGUAAACAAAAACAAGUUUAUAUCUAAGACUUCAAGUAAAGAAGAAAUUGAGAAAGAGAGUGAAGAUACCACUUUGCGUCAGGAGACACAGGAUUAUGAGUUCCUUUUUGACAAGAGGCGGACAUCCAACCACGGUCAUGCCAGGAAAAGAGCCAAGUCUAAUUCCAAACUAAAGUUGGUGCGCAGCCUGGCAGUGUGUGAGGAGUCCUCUGCCCCAUUUGCUGAUGGACCACUAGAAACCCAGGAUAUAAUUCAAUUGCACAUCAGCUGCCCCUCUGACAAAGAGGAAGAAAAGUCCACAAAGGAUGUCUCUGAAAAGGAAGACAAGGACAAAAACAAAGAAAAAGUCCCAAGGAAGAUGCUGUCUAGAGACUCCAGUCAAGAAUAUACGGACUCCACUGGAAUAGACCUACAUGAAUUUCUUGUAAAUACACUGAAAAAGAACCCAAGGGACAGAAUGAUGCUGCUAAAAUUAGAACAGGAGAUUCUGGAAUUUAUUAAUGACAACAAUAACCAGUUCAAGAAGUUCCCUCAGAUGACCUCAUAUCACCGGAUGCUAUUACACCGGGUAGCUGCCUAUUUUGGGAUGGACCACAAUGUUGAUCAAACUGGAAAAGCUGUCAUCAUCAACAAAACCAGUAACACAAGAAUCCCUGAACAGAGGUUUUCAGAACAUAUAAAGGAUGAGAAGAAUACAGAAUUUCAACAGAGAUUCAUUCUCAAGAGAGAUGAUGCCAGUAUGGACCGAGAUGAUAACCAGAUCAGAGUUCCAUUGCAGGAUGGAAGGAGGAGCAAGUCAAUAGAAGAGAGAGAGGAGGAAUAUCAAAGGGUCCGAGAGAGAAUAUUUGCCCGAGAGACUGGCCAGAACGGAUAUCUAAAUGACAUCAGACUCUCCAAAGAAGCCUUUUCUUCUAGCUCUCACAAGAGAAGGCAGAUUUUUAGGGGGAACCGUGAGGGGCUGAGCCGCACCUCAAGCAGCCGCCAGAGCAGCACAGACAGCGAACUCAAAUCCCUGGAGCCACGGCCUUGGAGCAGCACGGAUUCUGAUGGCUCUGUCCGGAGUAUGCGGCCUCCUGUCACCAAAGCCAGCAGCUUCAGCGGAAUCUCUAUCCUCACCCGGGGUGACAGCAUCGGGAGCAGUAAAGGUAGCAGUGCAGGAAGGAGCUCCAGGCCAGGUAUGGUGCUAGGUGCCCCAGAAGUGUGCAGCCAGGUCACCUCAUCCCAGUCUGUCCGGGGCCUUCUCCCUUGUACUGCCCAGCAGCAGCAGCAGCAGCAGCAGCAGCAACUUCCUGUUCUCCCACCCACGCCUCAGCAACAGCCACCCUUGAAUAAUCACAUCAUCUCACAGCCAGUCCCAGCUCUGCAGCCCUCUCCGCAGCCUGUCCAGUUCUCUCCAGGCUCCUGUCCCCAAGUUCUUCUGCCAGUCUCUCCACCCCAGCAGUACAACAUGGCAGAUGACCUCAGCAACCCCUUUGGACAAAUGAGCCUUAGCCGCCAAGGUUCUGCUGAAGCAGCUGACCCAUCCUCAGCUCUGUUCCAGCCCCCACUUAUCUCCCAGCACCCUCAGCAGACUAGCUUCAUCAUGGCUUCUACAGGACAGCCCCUCCCGACUUCCAACUAUUCCACCUCUAGCCAUGCACCACCUACUCAGCAAGUCCUGCCACCCCAGGGCUAUAUGCAGCCCCCCCAACAGAUCCAGGUUUCUUACUAUACCCCUGGACAGUAUCCUAACUCCAACCAGCAAUAUCGACCUCUCUCUCACCCGGUGGCCUACAGCCCCCAACGUGGUCAACAGCUGCCUCAGCCAUCCCAGCAGCCUGGUUUACAGCCCAUGAUGCCUAACCAGCAGCAGGCGGCUUACCAAGGCAUGAUUGGGGUUCAGCAGCCACAGAACCAGGGCCUGCUCAGCAACCAGAGGAGCAGCAUGGGGGGCCAGAUGCAAGGCCUGGUGGUUCAGUACACUCCACUGCCUUCUUACCAAGUCCCAGUGGGUAAUGACUCGCAAAAUGUGGUCCAGCCGCCUUUCCAGCAACCUGUGCUGGUCCCUGCGAGCCAAUCAGUGCAAGGGGGCCUCCCAGCAGGGGGCGUUCCAGUGUACUACAGCAUGAUCCCGCCAGCUCAGCAGAACGGUACCAGGGGAGGCCCAGGAAGCAGCAGCUGUUUGCCAGGAGCUGUGUUCCUUCCUCUACCACUUUACCACUCCUCUCUUCUCCACCUUCCCAGCCCUUCUGUGGGGUUUCUGCAACCUCCUGGCUCUGAACAGUACCAGAUGCCUCAGUCUCCCUCUCCCUGCAGUCCACCACAGAUGCCACAGCAGUACUCAGGAGUGUCACCUUCUGGACCAGGUGUGGUGGUCAUGCAGCUAAAUGUUCCUAAUGGACCCCAGCCCCCCCAGAACCCAUCCAUGGUCCAGUGGAGUCACUGUAAAUAUUACAGCAUGGACCAGCGGGGGCAGAAACCUGGAGACCUGUACAAUCCUGACAGUAGCCCCCAGGCCAACACACAAAUGAGCAGCAGCCCCGUCACAUCUCCUACCCAGUCUCCAGCACCCUCUCCUGUCACCAGCCUCAGCAGUGUCUGCACAGGACUCAGUCCCCUUCCCGUCCUCACACAGUUCCCUCGGCCUGGGGGUCCAGCACAGGGUGAUGGGCGCUACUCCCUCUUAGGCCAGCCAUUACAGUACAAUCUGUCCAUCUGCCCUCCCUUGCUCCAUGGCCAGUCAACUUACACGGUGCACCAGGGACAGAGUGGAUUGAAGCAUGGAAACCGGAGCAAGAGACAAGCACUCAAAUCUGCCUCCACUGACCUGGGGACGACAGACGUUGUCCUGGGGCGGGUGCUGGAGGUGACAGAUCUCCCUGAGGGCAUCACCCGUACCGAGGCGGACAAACUCUUCACUCAGCUCGCCAUGUCCGGCGCCAAGAUCCAGUGGCUCAAGGAUGCUCAGGGGCUGCCUGGUGGGGGUGGGGGGGACAACGGUGGGACUGCCGAGAACGGCCGCCACGCGGACCUCGCUGCCUUGUACACCAUCGUGGCUGUGUUCCCCAGCCCCCUGGCUGCCCAAAAUGCCUCCCUUCGCCUCAACAACUCUGUGAGUCGCUUCAAACUUCGAGUGGCCAAAAAGAACUAUGACCUGAGGAUCCUGGAGCGAGCCAGCUCCCAAUAAACGGAGGAGGGGAAGGGACUGGCCCAGCGGGGGAGGGGGCAGGGUGGAGGGGUUGAGGCAUCCUGACAGACCACACACAGAGGCAGAAAGUAAGGUGACAGGCACUAAACUGGAGCCUAAGGCAGUAGGGAUAAAGAUGGGAUCAGAGACAGACCCUCACACUGGCACUGGGCUCCUUCUUGCUCCCCUGCCAUGGGUCCCCUCUUUUUCCCUGGUUGGCCCCCCUCUGCUUCCCUCUCCUUCCCAUCCUCGUCUGUCAUUUUUUAUCUCUUUUCCCACCAUGAAAUUAAUUUCUUUCAUAUUUUUGGUCAGGUAGAAUUGGGAGGGUCCCACACUCCCUUCUUCUCCUAUUUCUGUACCAUCCCAAGCUCCCUUUUCUUUUUUGGUUUAUGAAUAUAUUUAUAUGGACAGAAUUAAGAAAAAUGAAAUUGAUUUCCCCUUUCUCUCACUUCCCCCAUCUUGUCUCCCCAAACCCCACAGAGUUAAAACUUGGGCCUCCCCCCACAGAACACUUGUAUAUUGUUUGUUUGAGGUUCGUGCCGCAGUAACAGACACAGUAUUUAAUUGCACAUACAGAUGUUUGCUGGGUAUAUUCACUGUAAAUUUUAUUUAAUCUGAUUUUUUGUUUGUUUGGGGGGUUAUCUGGGGGGAGGUUGAUUUUGUUUUUAAAUAUAAAAAAAAAAAAUCUGUCA